AUGCCUCGGAGGCAAGCAGGCGAUCAAGUCUCGAGCAAAACUGGAGUAGCUACCGAUACGGCCGACGCUAAGACCUACAACCCGUGUCUUCACCAGGCAAGCAUUGAUCUUGACGACUACUUCACUGGCCCCCGUGACAUUCAGAAACACUCUAAAUGGCCUCUUUUCAUGAGGCUUCAUGGCAGUAUCCUUCCCAAGCUUAUUGUGCGCAUUACUUUCAUCGCUCUAUGGUCUACCGGCAUUACUUGGAUUCAUAAAGAGGGCCCCUCCAUCAGCCUUGGUACUACUAACGUCCUCCUCACCGUGAUCGGUUUCGUCGUCGGUCUUGGGCUUUCCUUCCGGAGCUCGACUGCCUACGAGCGUUAUGCGGAGGGGCGCCGGUACUGGAGUCAGCUAACUGUGACCUGCCACAACCUCGCGCGGACUAUCUGGGUUCAUGGCAAAGAGCGUCCAAAUUCUGCCAAAGAGGACGUGCUCUCCAAACUUACCGCCAUAAACUUACUCGUCGCUUUUGCUGUUUCUCUAAAACACAAGCUUCGAUUUGAGCCUUAUGCGAACUACAAGGACUUGCAAAGUCUUGUCGAGCACCUUGAUACCUUUGCUCAACAGGCUUCAAAUGAUGACAACGACCAUUCCAGGAGCAAAGGGAUAUUGAAGCGGAUCGGUGAGGACCUCGGAUUCUCUUUUGCCUAUUCUAACCCCCGGAAGGCAAUCAAGCAAGCUAAGGGCCCGCUCGGAAAUCUACCGCUUGAGAUCCUGUGCUACCUGAGUGCGUAUCUCGACUCGCUCUGUGAGAACGGUCAGCUGCCGAUUGCGAUGCAACAGACCAUAGCCUACAAUAGUGUAGCUUCACUCAAUGAUGUCCUAACAGGCUGUGAGCGUGUCCUUAAUACACCCCUCCCGAUCGCCUAUGCCAUUGCCAUUCAUCAGAUCACGUGGCUGUACCUCAUGCUCCUACCGUUGCAACUACUUGACGGGUUGGACUGGGUCACAAUACCUGCAACAGUUGCUGCCUCUGGCAUCAUCUUGUCCAUUCUCUAUAUCGGCGGCGAGAUAGAAAACCCCUUUGGUACCGAUGUGAAUGACUUGCCCCUUGACGCUUAUUGUGCGCAGAUUGCCGAAGAUGUCGAGGUCAUGACCGCACGCCCAAAACCAGUCUGGGACGAGACUUCCAGGCAUCGCCUAAAUAAGGUACUUUUCCCCCAUAGCAAGUUGUCCUACGAGGACUGGGCCAGCAGGCCCGAAGGCGCUUUACGCCGCACUCUGCGUAAUCGCCCACACUCUGCUUUCCGUUGCAGCCCUGUGUGGAAAGGCAUUCCGAGCAAUGAAGAAGCUUGGCUCGCCCUCAAUGAGGUCUAG